CUGGCUGCCGAAAACAACUCGACCAAACUGCCGGAAACAUACAUACAGCUACAAAAAUGGCAGAAGAAGAUUCUACUGGAAAACGAGGCGCUCGUCUGGACUGUUGAGAGCAACUAUAACGCCGAUCACAAGAAGGCGGUAUUUGAAGCUUUCGGAGCGGCGGUCCCCGUGACCAGCCAGCUUGAGGCCCUGCAGGAGCCUCGGUUGCAGCAUCAGCUGCUGCAGGCUAUAUCAUCGCCGUUGGCACUCGCGAUCUCCCCAGCAGGGGCCCUUGUUGGCUGUCCGGCACUUACACCACGUGGCGAUGUGAAAUCCUCCAAGUACCAAGUCGGUGAACUUGAUCAUAAUGACUCAGUAACGCAAGCUGAAGAGGAGGCAAAAGAACUUGCAAUUGGCGGUCUGGGUUUCUGCAGCUGGGUUGUGUUGCAUCUGCAAUGUCGCAAGCUCAGGAAUGCUGACUUAUUCAGUCGGUCAGACGCAUUUGGAGUCCUAUACGAAUGGAAGAACGCAGCCUGGGUUGAGGUUGGGAGGACGGAAAUGAUUGUGAACUCCCUGGAUCCAAAAUUCACAAAGGCCUUCAAGCUCAUGUACCAAUUCGAGCGCCUGCAACGUUAUCGCGUUGUCAUCGUGGACGUCGACAAAGGACAAAGCCCAGCAGAUGUCAAGCCAGACGACUGUGACUUUCUGGGCUCGUGUGAAUUCACUCUAAGCGAGGUCGUGACAGCCCCAGGCAAAAAACUCGUGCGAAAUCUGAUCAGUCGGCAAGGCUCGAACCUGGAAUCUCGGGCAGUCCUGUUGGCGGAGGAGUUAUCGGACAGUAAGCAAGUAUACAGGAUUCAGCUCGCUGCAAGCAAGUUGAGGAAUGUGGAAAGCCUAGGGAAGUCCGACCCAUUCAUUCAAUUCAGCAGGCAGCAGGACGAGAGCAGCGACUGGUUGCCAGUUUACAAGACCAAGGUGAUAAAGAACAAUCUAAAUCCAGUUUGGGAUGAGUUCACCAUCCGUGCGACCCAGAUCAACAACGGCGAUUUGAUGCGGCCUCUCAGAAUACGGGUGUUUGACUACGAAUCCGACGGCUCCCACCGUUUGUUGGGACAAUGCGAGUUGAGUACCGAGCGGAUGAUGGAGCUGGCGACGCAGCACGGAGCCUUUGUGAGCUUGCAGCCCCCCACCGGCAAGCCACCAGGCGACUACGGAAUGUUACGGGUCCUGUCGUUCAAGGUGGAAACGUCGGCGUCGUUUUUGGAUUAUCUUGCCGGGGGUACGGAGAUUGGCUUUAUAGUCGCGGUGGACUUCACAGCCAGCAACGGCAACCCCACCACGCCGACGUCAAAGCACUACUGCGCAGGCGGCAUGACGGAGUACGAGAAGGCCAUCACUGGCAUCGGCCACGUGUUGGAGUAUUAUGAUAAGGACAAGAGGCAGGUUUUCCCCAUGUUUGGCUUUGGGGGGCAGUACCAGCGCAACCCAACCAACCACUGCUUCCCGAUGGGCACCCCCCCGGAUAGCACCUGCAUUGGUGUGGCGGGGCUACUGCAGGCUUACAGGCACGCGCUGGGCACGUGGAAGCUUUCCGGUCCGACCCUCUUCGCGCCAGUGAUCCGAAUGGCGGCUGAACGCGCUCGCCUGACGGUGGCAGCCAGGCCGCCUGUGUACACGGUACUGCUAAUCUUGACGGAUGGCGCGAUCAUGGACAUGACGGAUACGAUUAAUGCCAUCAUUGAUGCCUCAACCCUACCGCUGUCCGUCCUCAUUGUUGGCAUCGGGCGGGAUGACUUUGGCGAUAUGAAUAAACUGGAUGGCGACCGCACGCGCCUUUCAAGCGGCAACCGUACCGCGGUUCGGGACAUUGUGCAAUUUGUGGAGUUUUACAAGUACCAGGGUGACGGCGUACGGCUGGCACAGGAGGUGCUGCGGGAGCUGCCCGUACAGCUACUCCAGUACAUGAAGUAA